GAGUGCAGCAGGCGAGAGAUGGGCGAGGGAGAGGGAGGUCCAGGAACCACAGUGAUGCUCUGAUGUGGAGGUCUACACACACACUGGUGUCAAGUGAUUUAGAUCCUGGAAGCAGCAGAAGAAAUCAAUUGAGACACAUGGAAGAUAGACACAGAAUGCUGGAGUAACUCGGCGGGACAGGCGGCAUCUCUGGAGAGACUUCACACUCGGGGAACUGCAGAUACUGGGAUCUUGAGCAAGUGCUGGAGAAACUCAGCAGGCCUGGCUGGCAGCAUCCGUGGAAGGGGGUGGACUGGUAACGUGUUUGGUCAGGACUGCUCUUCAGAGUCGAGGUGAGGUGGUGAAAGAGAGGUGGGGCUGGUGAUCUCUAGGGAGGGGGAGGCGUGGGGGCUGGUGGAGAGUUCUAUCUCCCCACAGCGAGGUGCUGAGAUACGAAGACAUGGAGUCCAACCACAAAGUGACCGAGAGCCAGAAGCCUCAGUGAAGAUCAGGCCACGGGACUUUGCACUCCACCCACGUAGUAACCAGGAGGUUUCCCCGAGCUCUGGGCUCAGUCUAAAACCAGGGGUAGGUGCCUGCUUCCAGGGGGACGCGAGCCAUGAACAUCUCGGAGCAAGGACAAUGGGGACCUCCACCCAAUGUGUCCCGGGACACGGUCCAGAUGAGCACGGCGGCUAAGGUCGCCACGUCCGUGGUGUAUGGGACCCUCCUCCUCUCUGGGACGGCCGCCAACCUCCUGGUCAUCUGGGUCGUUUGGGUUUCGAGUGGCAGGAGGAGGCUGAUGGAGCACAUGGCGAGCAUGGCGUGCUCGGACCUCCUCAUCCUCACCGUGGGGCUGCCUUGUGAGCUCUACACCGUCAUCUGGAGCCCGCACCCAUGGCCAGCGGGGAACGCUGGCUGCAAAGGCUUCUACCUGCUGUGGGAGGUGUGUAGUUACGCCUCCAUCUUCAACGUGUUGACCUUCAGUCUUGAACGCUACGUCGCCGUCUGCCACCCGAUGCGGACCGUGUUAAUGGCCACGUCGAGGACGAGGAGAGUCAUUGGUUUGGUUUGGCUCAUGGCCACCAUCGCGGCGUUGCCUGUUGCUUUCGCCGUUGGUGUGGAAGAUGCGUGGGAACCCUUCAGGCCCCGAGGCGAGACGCGUUCCCCCCUCUACAUAUGCACCAACGUCUCUGGAAGACGGGGCCUUUUCCAGCUGGUCAUCUACGUCUCUUUCUGUCUCUAUCUUCUGGUGCUCCUGUUGGUGGCUUUCACCUGCAGGCAGAUGGUCAAAACCAUCCUCGGAGACGGCCGGGUGUCCAUCGUCUUCCAGAGGACCAACCCCGCGGGCAAGGUCAUCACUAAGUCCAAGGAGAUGAGGCGGCAAAGUGUUGUGAUGCUGGGGUGCAUUGUUGGGACAUUGGCCAUUUGUUGGUUUCCAUUCCAAGCGAGGCGACUAAUGACAGCUGUUCAGUCCAAAACCCAAUGGACAGAACAUUACUACCGCUCCUACCUCAUGCUGCAGCCCAUCACCAACACCCUCUACUACAUCAGCUCCGCCAGCAACCUCUUCCUUUAUAAUGUGACCUCCCGACACUUCCGCAAGAUGUUUCUGCAAGUACUGGGCGGCUGCUGUCGGUCCAGAUCCGUGCCAUCAGAGAACGGGAGACACUCACACACACUCAGACCUGAAGCGAGAAUUCCUUUCAUUGAAUGGGAAACCACCCUUCUCCAAGGUCAAUGGAGAGUGAAGUCAGAGAAGCUUCCCUCUUGCUCUGGUGUGAGAUGAAGAUGUAUUUUCAAUAUUUAAAAAUAUAUAUUUUCCAGAUAUUAGGGUAGGAAAGGUUUCAUAGAAACUGAGCAAUUAGAUUAGUUUUUGGCAAUUGGUUUAACAAGAACAAUAUUGUAUGUAUUAUAAACAGGGGUUUGGAUUUAAUAUUGUCACAUGCACCAAGGGACAGUGAAAAGCAUGUUAUCCGAUCAAAUCAGGAAAUAUUCGACAUAAAUACUUAAUAUUUUCUACAUAUUGGGGCGGCACAGUGGCUCAGCGGUAGAGUUGCUGCCUUACAGUGCUUUCAGCGCCAGAGACCCGGGUUU